AUGCUUUUCUCAGGGCAAUGCCCUUUUUCCUCAGCCAUUUUAACUCUGGCUAUUGCGACGGGAAUCGUGGCUUUCAAUUUUGAUAGCGAAAAUUUUAUUCUAUACGAAGACGUAGUAGAGUCGAACUCGUCUCAUCCAAGCUUUUUUGGGUUUUCUUUGGCACUCUGGAGUUCGGGGACAGAAAACUCGGAUAAGUCGUGGAUCUUUAUUGGAGCGCCGAAAGCCAAUUCGCCAAAAUACCCGAAAGCAAAUGAACCCGGAACGGUCUUCAAGUGUGAAAUUGGCAAAAAAUGCACUGAAUGGAACUUCGAAUACGAAACCUGGAAAAAUUAUACACCCGGAAACGGUUCUUGGCUGGGUGGUUCAAUUGUCAUCGAAAAUCGAACAGAUGCAAACGUUCUGGUAUGUAUAUGUUAUCAGUGCGCAGCUAAAUUGGAUAAACCGACUAUAAACGAGAGUGUGAUGAAUCUUGGCACGUCGAUAUACGUUUCGGAAGGAUUCGGAUUUUCUGUUCAUUUUUCCGACGAUUCGGGGAGAAAAAAUUACACCAUCGGUAGCCCAGGAUUCAAUAUUGGAAAAGGAAGACUGACAAUAAUGGAUGACCAGUUUCACAGACCAACAUCCAUCGUCAAAUUCAAAUAUCCGUUGGAACAGUAUUCAUAUCUUGGUUACGCAGUAACGACGGGUGACUAUUUUCAGCAGGGAGUUCGCAUUUAUGCAACUGGUGCUCCAAGGAGCCAGUAUCUUGAUGGUUCAGUUUUACUGAUUGACAGGAGGUUCAGGGAUGCUGUCGUUGGAGAACAGGCUGGGGAAUAUUACGGAUACGCUUUGGCGUCCUGUGACGUCAACGGGGAUGGAAGAGACGAGCUGCUCGUCGGCGCACCACAAUGGACCAGAGACGUGGACGAAGGAAGAGUUUACGUUCUUACGGGAAGCCCGGAUAGAACACUUAUGGUUUUGAAGCGUUUAGAAGGAAAGACGCCACGCGGAAGAUUCGGCUCGACAAUCACCUGCCUUGGAGACGUCGACUUCGACGGAUACGAAGACGUCGCCAUUGGCGCUCCGUACGCCGGAAAUGGGAAGGUUUUCGUAUACCGUGGAAGCAGGACAGGACUGUCGAGCGAAUAUAGUCAAAAAAUCUCAGCCCCCGAAAACACCAAAGGAUUUGGGAUUUCGAUUUCCGAACCAAGAGAUGUCGACCACAACGGAUAUGCCGACAUUGCGGUUGGCGCUUAUUUGUCUGGACACGUAGCUUUGAUCCGAUCGAAACGCGUUGUUACUACGAAAGUUACCCUGGCGAGCGACACGAGACAAAUAACGCUUCAAUCGAAUCCCUCCAACUUUACAAUAGAAGUUUGUUCCUCUUACGAGGGAAAAUAUGUGGAAACAAAACUGAGUGUGCAGACCGAAUUGACGGUUGACGAAGUUUAUCGAAGAGCAAAAGUUGUGACUGUUACGGAAAAUAAACCAAGACAUAUUUUCGUUCAUACGCUUCGAAAUUCAAUACAAAACUGUACAACAUUUUUAAUCAAUGUGACGAAGUAUGACAAUAGUCAUCAGGCCAUAAAACUCUCUGUGACCCAGACUUUUAACGAAAAUACUAAAAGCGGGAUCCUGCGGAUUGGAAAGCACGGGAUACUUGGCGAAGAUCUUUUCUGUCGCGAUUGCGUCGUAACCGAUCCCCUUCGCUCGACAUUCCGAGCAGACUAUGAUGUAACAUUGGCAGCUAAGUGCGGCCGUGAUGGCCAUACUUGCCGAUCGAAGUUGGGAAUUGGUCUGAAAACCGUUGACCAGUUUGUAAUUGGUUCUCCGUCAGCCUUGACGUUGAAUGUCGACGUGAACAACAUCGGCGAGCCAGCAUAUCACGCGAAGGCAAUGAUCCGGAUUCCAAUUUCAAUAACUGUCGUUGACAGUACCGGAUGUACUUAUAGAACGGCGACGGAUAAUUUCACGGAAAUUACGUGUCAAAUUGCAAAUCCCUUGGGAACCAACGCAAUGGAAACUAGAAGUAUAUACUUGGAUCUGUCGAGAAUUCCACGGGAUACGGAAAGUCUUAACUUCACGGCAGAAGCAACAACUGAGAGCGACGAUAUUUCGGGGGGAGCUAAUGCAACUCAUUCGAUCGAGUGUAAAGUAGAAAUUGAUGUCGGCAUUUCGCGAAAAAGUACGAUGGACACGAUUGGGUUUGCUCGGACAGACCGAGUAAAGAAUUUACCAAACAGAUCGUUUGAACACACUUAUCUGGUGAGGAACUACGGACGGACAGUAAUUACGAAAAUCGUACUCGCCGUAUCUGUUCCGACGCAUUGGAUACAUGAUGACGAGAAAAUUGAAGUCGUUAGAAUCAGCGAAGUACAUGGUAAACUGGACAGAAAUCAACUGAUUUGUGAGAAUGCGACAGAAAACGAAGCCACAACACCCGCCUCAUCCAGCGUCGACGCAACGACGAUAACUGAGUGGCUGAAUGAAGAAUCUCCUUCAACGACCACCAAGUUUUCAGUUAUCGAGGGCAAAGUGUUCAGCAGUUACCCCGAUAACAGGACGAUAUACGUCAAUUCGACGAAUCCUUCGUUCAAGUCGACAACAAUAAACUGCGAGUUGGCGCCAUUCCAAAGCACACAAUCGGUAGCCGAAGUUACUUUCUCGUUCGAGUUAAUGCUUUCCAAGUUUCCGCCCGAAGUCAUCCAAGCGAAAGACAUAAUAUUCUUCGUAACGAAUGGCAGUAUCGCGAUUUCAUCGCCCAACGUCAUCGAUCGUCAAACUACUAACAAUGCAUCCGACGCAAUGAUGAUUGGAACAGUGUUGACUGGAACCCAAAUUGAACAUCAUGUAGCUCUAUGGAUCUUAGCCUUGGCAGUUUUUUUGGCUCUGUUACUUCUGAUCUUGAUCAUAUUUGGACUCUUCAAAUUCGGCUUCUUCAAGAGAAGCAAGAAGAUGGAACUUAAAGCGCUAUUACAGGAACAAACCGAUGCCGGUGAAGUAGGGGCUACAAAAAAACGGUGCUCUCUGGUUGACAUGAUUCCAACCCUUGUAGUGAUCUAA